CGUUUACGCUCAUUGCUCGUUAGCUUCUGUUCGGUGCGUACACGUACGUCUAUCCACACAUAUAUCGCAACUUUAACUCGUGUUCCAACAGUCACAACACAUCAGUCUUGUGACAUUCGCGACUACCGUACGGAAUAUAAUCGACGUACAAGUUUGUUCUUAACAGUGUUGUGUGCAGUUUUGUUUGGAAACAAAUCAUCAUGAAGGCCGCCAGCAUUUUGUGCCCCGAAUCUGGACUAACCGGAGUGAGUGGAGGACGUGUGCAGACACACCGCCACCGCCGCGAGAUCGAAAACGAAGAGAUUCAGAUGUAUCUUAGCAAAUUAAAGGACCUUGUACCUUUCAUGCCCAAGAAUCGUAAACUGAGCAAACUGGAAGUCAUCCAAUAUGUGAUCGAUUACAUCUGCGAUUUACAAAACGCAUUGGAGACACAUCCAGCUGUGAAUGCAUUUGAUGCCGCCGCUGUGUUGGGUCAGAAGAAGAGUCAAGGGGCGGCGAGUCCGCGACAACCCUUGGGCGUGCGCGCCAGCCCCAAUACGAUAUUGACGCCCAGCGAAGCACCCAUCGUACACACAUCAACGACAACACCUGAGAAACUUUCACCGUCAGAUGGAAGACCAGUUUCGUGCUGAGGCGGCACACUCCUCCACAACGCGACGCUCGUCCCGUGGCGAUUGCCUAACACGACGUGUGGAACGCACGCACCGCCGAGGAGGUGUUGAUAGAUCGAACGUAAGAAGAACUAUCGGCUGAGGACGACACCGAGAGAUGCUGUGCGCGUGUUACGAACGUUGAGAGAAUUAAAAAUCUUCGAAUGUUGCUUUAUUAGUUAAAAUUACAGCACACACAUAAACACACAUGAUGUAAUCAGAUAAAAAGACUAUUCAUCUAUUGGGAGAGAACGAAGGCACUUAGUUAUGGUACCUGUUUAUGUUGCAAUUUGUUUUUUAGAUUUUAUUUAAUUGUUUUUUUAUUUUAUUUUUGUGUAUAUUGAAAGAGCGCUGCAGGAAGUGAGUGCGAGAGCAGAGUUACGGACUAGAGUGUUGUACACACAGCUUUCACGCGGGUGUUUUUCUCCUAAUAUUUACUUUAUGAAAAACAAAUUACGAACAUUGCAACUUUUGUCACAAUUCACAGGAUUCGAACCACCGGACGCACGGAAUACUUUUUGUAAUUUUAAUUAAUUUGUGACUUUUUAUUCUGUGAUGUUUUUUGUAUAAUAUACUAUAUUUUUAAAUAUUAUGUACAAACAAAAAGAGGAAAGAGAAAAAAUACUAAUAGUAAAUACACAUUAUAAAUGUAUAUAUUGCAAAGAAAGCAGUAGUAGGAACAGAAUUAUAUCUUAGUAGGAAAAAAACUUUGGAAAUUUGUUUAUCAGGCGAUGAGAAAUACGAAAUUAUUUGUAAAUAGUUACCCUUUGGAUUUGUUUCACCUUCUGAAAUUUAAUAUUAUAUAUUAAAAUUUAAUUCUGCGCAAAAUAAAUUGUUUUUGAGAAUAUAA